AUGGAUUCUGGUACAGGGGCCGGGGUUUAUUUGGUCGACCAAGACAUCAAGCGCUCAUAUAGACUCUCUAACGAGUGUAGCGUCUUCCAGGCAGAGAUCUUCGCGAUCUGGAAAGCCACAGAGUUGAUAGGGACACACAUCAAUAGGGGGGCUGUAGUGACGAUAUACGUAGACAGUCAGGCGGCACUGAAGGCCUUGGAAUGUCAUUUAGUACACUCCAACCUAGGUAAUGAGGUAGCAGAUGAACUUGCUAGACAUGGUUCUGAUCUGGAUCAUGACACUAGGGAACGGGCUGUUAGACCACCCAUUUGUCACUACUACAGGGUAAUCUACGAAAGAUUCCGGGACUAUACGAAUCAAUCCUGGUGCAGUAGAACAGAUUGCAAAGUGUCCAGGGCCUUAUGGCCAAGACUGAAUGCGAACGCGACUGGAACACUGAUAGAGUUGGAUAGGUAUAAUCUCAGGAUUCUAGUAGGAGUGAUAACCGGUCAUUGCUCAAUUGGAGCCUUUAAGGGUAAAUGGGAUAAUGGCACACAGGACUUCUGUAGAGUAUGUGGGGAUGCAGAGGAGCUAGAGACAGUAGAGCACAUUAUGUGCAACUGCCCUAUGCUACAGGGUCACAGACUUAGAUGGCUAGGAAAUAGAUUUCUGGACGAACUUGGUAGUGUUGCUGGCUGCAAACUAAGCAUCAUACUGGGUUUCAUUAAGGGAAUAGGGUGGCUAUUUAAGGGACGUUCUACGGCAAGUCCAAAUCCGUAA